UGACAGUUGAUGUAUUUCCUUUUCAGAAACAUGACUUCUCAGGUGAGACAGAACUUCCAUCCGGACUGUGAGGCUGCCAUCAACCGGCAGAUCAACCUGGAGCUGUACGCUUCAUAUGUCUACCUGUCCAUGGCGUACUACUUUGAUCGUGAUGACCAGGCCCUGCACAACUUUGCCAAGUUUUUCAAGAACCAGUCCCACGAAGAGCGUGAGCAUGCUGAGAAGCUGAUGAAAGUUCAGAACCAGAGGGGAGGGAGGAUCUUCCUGCAGGACAUCAGGAAACCAGAGAAGGAUGAGUGGGAUAGUGGUGUGGCGGCCCUUGAGGGUGCCCUGCAGCUGGAGAAGAGUGUGAACCAGUCCCUGCUGGACCUGCACACGGUCUGCUCUAAACACAACGACCCACACAUGUGUGACUUCAUUGAGACACACUACCUGGACGAGCAGGUGAAGUCCAUAAAGGAGCUGGGUGACUGGGUGACCAACCUCCGCCCGCAUGGGUGCCCCCCAGAACGGCAUGGCCGAGUACCUGUUUGACAAACACACUUUGGGAAGGAGAGCGCAUAGAUGGACCCUCCAUUUUCUUGCUAUAUCCUAUAGCUGUAUUUCUCUGUCUUGCUUGAUAUUAUAUCUAUAAGACUGGUCUGUUUUUCUGUCAGGGACUGGCAUCAAUCAAGUUAUUCUUGAAUCCUUAGUUUUGCACUUAGUUUGCACUAUGUUAUUCCCUCCAGUUUAACCUCCAGUUCCUAUAAGCCAUUUCCCCAGGCCAGUAGCCCUUCUCCUCUCUCUUCCAAUUGACUGUCUAGCCUGCUUGUGUUUUUGACGGCAGUUGUCAUCAAACCAAAUAAAUGAAACCCUCUGGAUUCUGA